CGAAUAUCUGCUAGCCUUACAACAAACUGGAAAUGGCAAUCGAUACCAACACCUCUUGGAAAACAACACUUAUAAUCAGCACCUCACCUCAGUGUGAUGAAGCCUCGCAGAUUCUUGCAGCGCAGCAGCACAGGAUUCGCCGCUCGGACAACAUUCUGUCCUCUUCCUUUGUUUCCCCCUUGUCAGGUACAGCUUUUUUGCUGGUCACACCGGAGGAGUUUCCAGCUAAGCUUGAGAAUGCAGAAUUUUUUGAGAGAAUUGAGAAAUUUGUGCAGGUCCAUAGAAACAGUUUUCUUCUGCUUCAAGCCCCAGUUUACGGAAAAAGGGAGUGGGAGAUUUUAUCAUCAGUGCAAAACAGAUUUCUUGGCUGUAACCUCAGAGUCAUACCUGUGCACAGUACUGCUGAUGUAGUGAAGGGAAUUCUGGUCAUUGCUAAGGCCACAAGUAAACCCAAUGUGGCGAAUUUGAGAGAUCAGAUGUCUUUGGCUUGUACUCACAUCAUUGAUCAUAGCCCAGUUUGGGGAAUGCUUCAAGAGAUGCAGUUCUAGUGAGAUUUACGCCAUGUUCCUCUCCAUUCAUGUUCUUAUUGCUUACUAUACUUGUUCUGAACAGCAGAUGUCAGUAUUGUUUCAUAGUAAGU